AUGCCUUCCAGAAAACCAGAUCGGCGGUAUGGCAGCAACUUCCGCUCUGCAAAAUCAUCAUUCAAUCCACGUCGGACCAAAACAGUCGAUGCCUUUACCCUACGUGCGAGCGAAGCAACCUCCCAAGAUGAGAAGCUACAAGCUACGCGCCUCGCUCACAUCAUUGACGAGUCUAUGGGUUUUGCGCGCUAUGACUCGGGUAGAAAGAAGAUAGGAUGGCUGUGCAACAUGCACAGUACCACUAUCGAAAAUGAGAAAAUUCCAGGCGGGCGCGCUGGGGUCGACUAUUACUUCUUGGAAGAGGAUGGCGGCACGUUCAAGGCUACAUUAGAAUAUGAUCCAUACUUUCUGAUCGCUGUGAGAAAGGGCAAGGAAGCUGAGGUGGAGGAAUGGUGCCGACGGAAGUUUGAGGGCUUGGUGAAAGGAGUCAAGCGUACAGAGAAGGAGGACCUCCAAAUGCCAAACCAUUUGUUAGGAUAUCGAAGGAUGUUCUUGCAACUGGCGUUCGAGAAUGUCGGCGAUCUGUUGAGUGUGAGAAAGACCAUGAUGCCAAUUGCAGAGAAAAACAAGAGCGGCAUGAAUGCAAUGGAUACAUAUGCUGAGGUGGCCAGUGCCAAUGCUGGAUUUGACCUUUUUGACGAUGAACGAGAAAAUGAUAGACGAACUAAUGGCAUAGCGGACGCAAGUGAUUACAUUGUCGACAUUCGGGAGUUUGACGUUCCAUACCAUGUCCGGGUUGCAAUUGAUAAAGAUAUUCGAAUUGGGAAAUGGUACACCGUGGAAGCAAAGCAUGGCGUUACAAGUCUUACCUGUAUUGAAGAGCGAAUACAAAGAGCCGACCCUGUGGUCCUCGCCUAUGACAUUGAGACGACUAAAUUGCCCUUAAAAUUUCCGGACGCAGUCAUAGACCAAAUCAUGAUGAUCUCAUACAUGAUUGACGGACAAGGAUUCUUGAUCACCAAUCGAGAGAUUGUCUCGGAAGACAUCGCGGACUUUGAAUAUACUCCAAAGCCGGAGUACGACGGUCCUUUCCUUGUUUUCAAUGAGCCGGACGAGAAAGCACUCAUAGAGAGAUUCUUUCUACACAUCAAAGAUGCUCGUCCAACGGUGAUAGCAACCUACAACGGUGACUUCUUUGAUUGGCCAUUCGUUGAAGCCAGAGCUAGUGUCCUAGGAAUCGACAUGUACCAGGAAAUUGGAUUUCGAAAGAACAGCGAAGACGUCUACCAUAGUGAUUACGGCGUCCAUAUGGACUGUUUUUCUUGGGUCAGUCGAGAUAGCUAUCUGCCCCAGGGUAGCAGAGGCUUGAAAGCUGUGACAGUGGCCAAACUAGGAUACGAUCCCGAUGAACUAGAUCCAGAGCUAAUGACCCGAUAUGCGAGUGAGCGGCCACAGACCUUGGCCGAAUACUCAGUCUCAGAUGCAGUGGCGACAUACUAUCUCUACAUGAAAUAUGUCCAUCCUUUCAUCUUCUCGCUAUGUAAUAUCAUCCCUCUAAAUCCGGAUGAUGUCCUGCGCAAAGGCACGGGAACUUUGUGUGAAAUGCUUCUUAUGGUUCAGGCUUACCAGAAAGGCAUUGUCCUCCCCAACAAACACAAGGAGCCCAAAGAGACUUUCUGGGAUGGUCAUCUUCUCGAAUCUGAAACCUAUGUAGGAGGGCAUGUGGAGAGUAUUGAAGCAGGCGUAUUCAGGAGCGACAUACCAGUGAACUUUGCAUUGGACACCACGGCCGUCGACGAGCUUAUACAAGAUCUUGACGCUGCAUUACAUUUCAGUAUCGUGGUAGAGGAAAAGAAGUCUUUGGAAGAUGUCACAAACUAUGUUGAGGUGAAAGCUGAGGUCGUUGCAAAGCUGGAGAGUCUGAAAGUCACACCGAACAGGCAUGAAAGACCGUCCAUCUACCACUUGGAUGUCGCAUCGAUGUAUCCAAACAUCAUGACGACUAACCGGCUACAGCCAGAUUCUAUGAUCGAGGAAUCCGACUGCGCAGCUUGUGACUUCAAUCGGCCUGGAAAGACUUGCGAUCGAAGAAUGCCAUGGUCGUGGAGAGGCGAAUUCCUUCCAGCACAAAAGAAUGAGUACAACAUGGUCAGACAUGCAGUUGAAAACGAGCGCUUUCCAGGUCGCUACCCCAACAGCCCUGCUCGAACCUUCCAGGAAAUGAGCGUUGAAGAGCAGGCCGGCAUGGUGAAAAAGCGACUUACGGACUACAGCAAGAAGAUCUAUCACAAGAUCCACGAGACGAAGACCAUUGAGCGUGAGGCCAUCAUCUGCCAGCGAGAGAAUCCAUUCUACGUCGACACCGUCAAAGACUUCAGAGACCGUCGAUAUGACUUCAAGGGCAAGCAAAAGGUAUGGAAGAACAACACCGAGUUGCUGAUGUCGUCAGGAGCGUCAGCGGCGGAGGUUGAAGAGGCCAAGAAGAUGGUAGUUCUCUACGACUCGCUUCAGUUGGCUCACAAGGUCAUCUUGAACAGUUUUUAUGGGUACGUUAUGCGUAAAGGCUCGCGAUGGUAUUCAAUGGAAAUGGCCGGGGUGACAUGCCUGACUGGAGCCCACAUCAUACAGAUGGCAAGAGAACUGGUGGAGCGGAUAGGAAGACCUCUAGAACUUGACACUGAUGGUAUCUGGUGCAUGCUACCAGCUACUUUCCCCGAAAAUGUCGUCUUCACGCUCAAGAACGGCAAGAAGCUGCCAAUCUCCUACCCUUGCGUUAUGCUGAACCAUCUUGUCCAUGGCAAAUUCACCAAUCACCAGUACCAGGACCUCAUCGAUCCUCAGACUUUCAAAUACGAGACGCAUAGUGACAACACCAUCUUUUUCGAAGUUGAUGGGCCAUACCGGGCUAUGAUAUUGCCAACCUCAAAAGAGGAAGACAAGAAUCUCAAAAAGCGCUACGCAGUAUUCAAUCAUGAUGGUAGCCUCGCCGAGCUCAAAGGCUUCGAGGUCAAGAGGAGAGGAGAGCUCAAGCUUAUCAAAAUUUUCCAAACACAGAUUUUCAAAUUCUUCCUUGAGGGUGAUACGUUAGCGGAUACAUACGCCUCAGUAUCCAAGGUGGCCAACCGGUGGCUUGAUGUUCUGCAUCAACAUGGUUCGACACUCGCUGACGAAGAGCUGAUUGAUCUGAUCUGUGAAAACAGAAGUAUGUCGAAAGCUCUCGAGGAGUAUGGUGCGCAGAAGUCGACAUCAAUUACCACUGCCAAAAGAUUGGCCGAAUUUUUGGGCUUGCAGAUGGUCAAAGACAAGGGUCUGAACUGCAAGUACAUCAUCUCGGCCAAGCCCAAAAACGCGCCAGUGACCGAGAGAGCGAUACCAGUAGCUAUUUUCUCGGCCGACGAUCAAGUCAAACGCUAUUUCUUGCGGAAGUGGAUGCGAGAAGACCCAAGCGACAUGAACCCCCGAGCCCUCAUUGAUUGGGACUACUACACCGAACGUUUGAGUGGCGUGAUUCAGAAGCUCAUUACCAUCCCUGCCGCUUUGCAGAAAGUUCGCAACCCAGUUCCACGGGUUGCGCAUCCGGAUUGGCUACAACGUAGGAUCAAUGUCAAGGACGACAGGUUCAAGCAGAAGAAGAUGACCGACCUCUUCGACAAGGCACCGCUGUCUGAGAUAUCUAUGAACACUCUGGAUCACCGACUACCUACUGACGUGGAGGAUUUUGGAUCAUCCCAGCUUUCGAAUGCUAAGACGGGCGAGGUCACCCGAAUGGUGCAGAAAAGGAAAGCUCCAGAGCCAGCAACUGUAGCGAACGCAGACCCCUAUGCCAGUCUUCCUUCAAAGAUGCCAUCAAUGACCGAAGACUACGAAGGUUUUCUUCGGUAUCAAAAGAAAAAAUGGAAGAUUCAGAAGCAAGCUCGCAUACGUCGACGCCAGCUCUUUGGCGAACGGAGUAAUGCUGCAGCAGACACCCUCGGAAGUCUCUUUCAGAACCAGGCAGAAUUGUUGUUCAUCAAUACUUGGCAGGUAUUGCAGCUGCGAGACUCGGAGACGCCAGGACAAAUUCGAGCUUUUGUUCUGAUUGACAAGAAGGUGCAUCCCCUCACAGUGAAAGUACCCAGACAACUGUUCUUGAACCUCAAGGGAAAUGAGUUGCCCGAUGUUGAUGUGGAAGGCUGCGUUGUCGAAAAGGUCACCCACACGCUGCCAAACGGACAUCACUCGGUCCAUCUUUUCAAGCUUGUGAUGUCCGAAGAAGUCUACGUCAGAGAAGACCAGAAACUUGCCACCUUGUUCAACCACCCAAGCGUCGAAGGCGUCUACGAGAAGCAAGUGCCUCUUGCUAUGAGGGCUGUGCUCGAGCUGGGAAGUCUAUGCACUUUCGACGAGAGCCAGAAAGGAGUCUUAGGUCGAGGUCUUGAGCAUGGCUUCGAUCUCCCGGCCUUACGACGCACUCCAGCAAAGCAGCCUUACCUUCUUGAGACGGAAAUGGCUUUCAUCUACCUUUACCACCUUGAAGCUGGUGAUCGUCAGAUUUUUGCGCUGUUUUCAACGAUAAAGGAUGAAGCGCACAUCAUCGUUUUUGACCGCUCAAAAGACACCCAAGGAUUGCCUAAUGCUGAAAAGGUCUAUUCUGAACUACUAGCCAGGCGACUUAAUGACAAUGGAGGUGAGCCCUGGCAAAACAUCUUCGAAUAUCAAGGACAAAUUCGGUUCAAGACCACACAAGUCAGAACGAAGAGAAAGCUACACCUUGAUGUCGGUGACAUUGUCAAGAAGAUGAAGGGUGACGAGAGCAAGCCAACGCUUCUAGUUAUUCAGUCUCCACAGAGACGUCUGCUGCUGAAUGACAUUCCGUCGCUCAAUGAUCUGCCAGUCCUUCCGUUGAAAGUCGAAACUUCGGACAGUAAUCUCCCUCAACUUGGCUGGCAGGGGUUCGUUGUCAAGCGCCUGGUGACUCACUACCUUGCUUUAGGUUCAUGGAUCAGCCAUCUCGUUGAACUGGCAAGGUAUGGGGAUAUUCCCCUCUGCAAUCUGGAAAGGGAUGAUCCCCGGUUCCUGAUCGAUGUCGCUUAUGCGAGACGGCUACAGAAAAGCAACGUGGUUCUGUGGUGGUCCGGUGGUCCCCUACCAGACCAUGCUGGUUACGAGAAAGACGAUAUACUGACGCCCAUGGAGACUGUCAGUAUGCCUGCUGUUAACAACCCUGGCACAUACUCGUCCGUCUGCAUAGAGCUGGACGUUCGGAACCUCGCGAUCAAUACGAUUCUAACGUCGUCUCUCAUCAAUGAGCUUGAGGGUAGCGAUUCGGUUGCGUUCAAUCCAGCUGCGCCAAGUGAAGAAGACGCCAACAAUGGAACGGGUGUUCUCUACUCCGAUAAUGCCUUUGCAUCUGCCGGCGUCACUGUCCUUCGAGAGAUGGUAAAAGCCUGGUGGACGGAAGCCUGCAAAGGCAGUCCAAUGGCCGACAUCAUGGUGCAGCAUCUUGUGCGUUGGGUCGAGAACCCUGACUCAUUUCUCUACGAUCGCUCAUUGCACUACUACGUGCAAAUGAUGUCUAGGAAAGCUUUCCAGCAGUUGAUGACGGACUUUAAGCGCGUCGGAUCCCACAUUGUCUUUGCCAAUGCAAAUCGUCUUCUCCUCCAAACCACGAAAGCAGAGGUUGGCAACGCCUACGCGUACAGCCAGUAUAUCCUCAAGUCAAUUAAAGCAAAGCCACUGUUCCAUUUCCUUGAUUUGGAUAUCAAAGAGUACUGGGAUUACCUUGUCUGGUACGACGAAUUCAACUAUGGCGGCAAAGCAUGUCAAAAGGUCGUCGAAGCAGAAGUGCAGACCCUUGACACGAUCAUGCACUGGCAGCUAAACACUUUCCUCCCCCUCCAAUAUCAGUCAAUCUUCCACGACUGGGUCGUCGAUCUCAUCGAUUUGAUGCACCAAAUCAAACGGCCUUGUCAGACACCCGUUGGCGAUGACGGUUCAGUUUCCACCGCUCGACCGACUCAGCUCCCAGUCCGCCAACUUGGUGCCGAUGACGAUGCGAAAAGCAAAGAUAUUUUCACAAAAGCCAUUUCAAAACCCCUGAAGCGCCAGAUUAUCGCCCUGAUCGCUCGCUAUCGUUCAGAGCUCGCUCACCCGGACCUUGCUUCAGAUCACAACUUUCCCACCCUCCCUGGCUCCCAUCUCAACUUCAAAAAUACUCAUCCAGUCCUACAACUCGUCAGAUCCAUCGUGCACGUCUUUUCGCUCGACAAAAGCAUCAAUCUCGAAGUACGCUACCUUCGCAAGGAGCUUCUUGCAUUCUUCGAGAUCAAAGAAUUCAGCGCUCAGGCUCGCUUCGAAAAUCCGAGCUCCAGCCUCAAAUUGGAGCAGCUCAUCUGCGAGCACUGUACCAUGGCGCGCGAUCUGGACUUAUGUCGAGACGAGGACAUAUUGCCGGAAACUGCGACUAACGACUCCGAGCCAGCAGCAAGAGCAUGGGCCUGCACGACUUGCGGGCAUCAGUAUGAUCGACUGGCUAUCGAAGAGCGCUUGAUCGGGCGGGUCCAAAAGGUACUUGUAGAAUGGCAAACCCAGGACCUGAAAUGCGGGAAGUGUAAAAAGAUCAGGGUGAAUGAUUUCAUGGAACAUUGUGGGUGCAGUGGGGGCUGGGUGGGUACUGUGGAUAAGGACGAUGUUGUUGGCAAGCUGAGGGUGCUCGAGAGUGUGAGCAAGAUCUACAAAUUGAAGAUGUUGGAGGGAGUGAUGGGAAAUGUUCUAGCGAAGCUUUGA